AUAGAACUCAAUUAAUCAUUUAUUAAAAAAAUGUAUUCGGCCUACAAAAUUCAAAAUAAAAACCAGAUGCAUUCGACUAGAUUCGUCCAGUUCUUAAGCCAAUAAAUGCCGGUCAUUGAAUCCUUAAAGCCUCGAAAAGGCCAACAAAACAAUGGUAUUGCCAGGAUGAAGGUUUAUUAUAAGCAGAAUUAAAAAAUACAAUGCCAUUUGUCGCUACUGUUAACCGAGCACAGUCGAGCGGAGUUAUAUAUAUAUAUAUAUAUAUAUAAUACCCUCCAGAUACAAAGUGACCAAUAAUAGGAGAACAGGUAAAAAAAAAAAGGAUAACUCACCUAUUUUAUGCCACGUAUACGUUCGUAUAUAUAUGCUCGGCGAGACGCAAGGUUUAUAAUUUGUUAGAAUUUGUCCUAGUAUAAUAGAGUUCGGAAAUUAACAAAAUCUUUUUUAACUAAUGAGAUGUCAAAUCACUGUUCGUAUAUAAACCGAACACAUCCUUAUUGCGCAUGGUAUAGGACAAUAUUAUGACUACUUGUAGACAUCGUUUGAUGGCGUUUGUAAAACACUACCAUAAAAUCACGGUAGUGACUGGAUACAUGAAAUAACAGGCAUUUGUAGCAUACGGCACAUGUAACCAAGCUAAUAAUCUCCUAACAUUUUUCUAGAUGGUCAAAAUAUAAAGUUCACUUGAAAUGAGAAAACACGUACUAGCGAGUGUUUAAGAGUAACCGGUCACUUUACAAGACGUCGAGUACACUACCCACUAAAAAAAUGCCAUAAACCUGACCGCCAAAUGGAAAAACCAUGGCCAAUAAGACCAGACAACGAUUGGAGCCACUGCACUGCCGUCUUCAACAAAAAGUGAUUUAUCUGCACAAGCGUACCAGUCAAAGCUAUUUCGCUAUUUCGGGCUAUUUCGGGACCAGUGUCGGCGGUGUACCCAAUAAAUAAUAACAUGGUAAAUGGGCUGUAGUCGUUUCGUGCCCAAGUGAAGGAAGGCAAAGAGAAGAGCCACUAGUCAACACGCUCGAUCAGUUCCAGAUGCCUUAGCAUCAAUGGUUUGCUUGCUACGCGAGCGUAUAAUAACAUACGCUAACGACGCGCAAUUUACUUUGACUAGGGCCAAAAGAGCGAAAAAAAGCGACGUCGCAGAACGAUAAGACAUACCGAUAAUUAUCGGUGUCACUACGUCAUCGACAGAUGAAGUCGACGACGACCGAGCAAUAAUUGUCAAUCAGCUUGCUAAAGCAGUGGUAAAAUCACCAGCGGACACAACAUUAGUGCCAGAUGUGCUAUUUUCUGUUAAGUGCGGUUGCGUAGCAGGGCUAAUAUUCGAAGGUGGUUUAUGCGAAAUUGCCUGACCAGACGCCAAGAGCUAGUGACGACAACGGAUAUCCUCAUAGGAAGUCUUUGAAAAGGUUGUGUGCUGUUGGCUGGACUUGACGUAGUGACCCCCCUGGUGUCUUUCAACCAGAGGCUUGGCCGUCCAAGCCACACUGCCGAUGGUCUCACAUUAUAAAAAAAAAGGCAGUAUCGAAUUAUGUUGCCACUCAAGGCACCGUCUGCUUGGAUCUAACCGCUGGCUGCGGUCAAAUCUCUUUAUUCUUCAAUGAAAAAUGGCUGAUAUUGACUUAUCAGCAGAGACUCGCUAUCAGAAGAUUGAGUAUCUGGGCGAAGGCCAGUUUGCUACUGUUUUCAAAGCAAAGGAUGCGAAUACGGGAAAUAUCGUCGCUGUCAAAAAGAUUAAGCUCGGCUCCAGGGCUGAGGCACGCGACGGCAUUAAUAGAACUGCUCUAAGAGAAAUCAAAUUAAUGCAGGAGCUGCAACAUGAAAAUGUGCUUAGCUUACUUGACGUGUUCGGACAGAAAAGUGACAUAUCCCUUGUAUUUGACUUCAUGAUUACUGAUCUCGAAGCGAUAAUCAAGGAUUCUCGCAUAAUUUUAUAUCCGGCGCAUGUAAAAUGCUACAUUCUUCAAUGCCUACGUGGUCUCGAGUACCUCCAUCAUAACUGGAUCCUACACCGCGAUCUGAAGCCUAAUAAUUUACUUGUAGAUGACAAGGGUAUCUUGAAAAUCGGUGAUUUUGGUUUGGCUAAAUUCUUUGGAUCACCCACGAGAAUUUACACUCAUCAGGUCGUUACGAGAUGGUACCGGUCUCCGGAGCUCUUAUUUGGUGCUCGAAUUUACGGAACCGGUGUAGAUAUGUGGGCGAUGGGUUGUAUACUGGCCGAACUUUUACUAAGGGUACCCUUUCUAGCUGGUGAAACGGACCUGGAUCAAGUGUCAAAGAUCUUUCAAUGCAUGGGUACACCCACCGAGGAAACCUGGCCUGGCAUCACCCAAUUGCCGGAUUACGUUGAAUUUAAGACUUUUCCAGCGACGCCCUUCGAGGUGAUCUUUACUGCCGCUGGAGACGAUCUUCUCGAAUUGUUGCAUAAGCUUCUUGCAAUGGACCCCCUCCAACGGUGCACGUGUACCGAAGCGCUGAAGAUGUCUUAUUUUUCGAAUAAGCCUCACCCGUGCGAGCCUAUCGAUCUUCCGUUACCGUCAAAACACAAAAAAGAGCAGGAAAAUAAGCGGAAAGUAGAGCAGUCCGCUGAGCAGGAGUCGAGUGUGCCACGAAAGAUUCGCUUUUAGGUCGAUUUGGCGAAGAAGAAGCGCUAAGGGAAAACCGCAUGUGGGACAAACCAAGACAGAUUGCCCGAUGAACAGCCCAAACAGACCGUUUGAUACUUUACUGUUUUUUGUGUUAUUAUUUUCGCGCACAAGUAAGGUAGUAAAAACGGGAAGGACAUUUGAGGUUCAAUUUAUUAGGAUCAUUACGGUACCUACUGUAUAUAAACGUAUGCAAGUGUAAAUAAAGUUGCAUGUACUA